AUGGCUGCCGACGAGGAGCCUGUACCCCGUCUUGAUGACGACCCCUCGACUGCCGCUGACGCUUUAUCUUUGCAUACCAUCGCUGAUGUCGAUGCAUAUGCGUCGCAAGAGCAGGAAGAUGCUGACUUUGCGCUUGCGCUAGCUCUGGAAGAGCAAGAGAGCGAACGAUAUGCCCGAACGCAAAGGAUCCUUCAGAGUCAGGAUCUCAAUCAAGCCAACGCACCGCCGCAAGCACCUGUACCUGUGGAGGCACAAGACGAAACACCACCUCCACCCUAUAGCGAUGAUCCCGAUGCGGUUGAGGUUGACGGAAAUCUGCCGCCUUAUCGCGAUGACCCAGAUGCAGUACCUGCUGAGGGUGAAGCGGAUGAAGCAGCCACUGAGCCCGUCAAACGUCAACAUGCCAUUGUACGAAUUCUCAGGAGACUAGGUAAAGUGUGGCUCUGCUGUCUCAUGAUCUCAACGUUCGUUACCAUUGCCAUCCUCGUGGUAGCGGUCAUCUUGGUCUUUGUUUAUGGCAAAAAGCUUGACCCAAGCAAGCCAUCCAAAGAGGCAGCGUGGUUCGCAUCUGGCUCAUCUGACUACGAUUUGAAGCUGCCCAAGCUCUAUCCUGCUCUCGAAGCAGGUACUACAGACACUUGCCAGAACACCUGGACGCAACACGGCCUUGGUCUGUCCUGCCAUCGCAUGUUACUAUCUUCAGCAUGGGACAAUGGUGAUGCCGACGAGGUCAAGGCGGAGGAAGCAGAUCCCUACUUCUACUCCCAAGCUGUCUGCACACCUAAGUGUCUCACCAGUCUCGCAAGGAUGGCAGAGCCCCUGGCCAAAAGCUGCACCAACCGAACGGACCGUUUCAACUUUGCAAGUUACGGCAAUGAUGGAAGGGCAUACUUUCAAAAAGGCAAGAUUGAAGAAGGUCCGGCACACGUUGUGAAAAACUUGCUCGAACGCUACGAUCGGUUUUGUCAACGCCCAAAGCGUGGAGUCUCACGCGACAAAACGGAGUACGGGACCUGCGCGGCCGACCUAUGGAUGCAAUGGGGCAUUGUCGAUGGCAAGAACGAGGCGCAUCUCAAAGGCCUGGACGCCUUCUUGGAGCAGACGUCAGUGAGGAAGACCAUACGUGGUGGGUUGCGACGAGUCUCUUUGCUUUUACCGAACGGCGUCAACAGGACCAGCAGCAUCCACGAGCCACAGCUCAGUGUUGGUCCCGAGGAGAACGCAACGGAAUGUGGGUGGUGCACCCUGAACUGGUUAGAUCGUAAGAUGCGUAGCUUUGAGUUUGGGCAGAUCCUGGAUCCGGCUACAGGCGAAGCCCUCGGCCUGUCCGAGUUCCGCGACAAGCUUAGAAAGGCAAUCUUGAGGUGUAGACAUAAUGAUGCUCGGGGGGUAAUGGCCAGAGUGGACAAAAAGUGGGAAGAACUCGGGUGGUGGUGCGGAGACAAACCAUGCAAUCUCGACAAGCCAGAAUUUUCCAACGAGACCAAGGCCAUCCUACACGGAUUGCCCCGCGAAGCGCUGCUUGAGGAUCGAGAAAAUCUGGAGAAGUUGAAGAAAGAGGGCGCUCCAGAAGUCGUGUUGCGAGCGGGCCAGACGCUGCUGGAUGGCUUGACGGACAUGCCUUGCUACGUGGGAUUUGACCCGGUUAUGGCUAAGCGUGAGAUCAUCCCCUCCGAGCACAUCGUCGGACGUCUUUGCAGCGACCAAUGCCGUAACGCUCUCGACCGCUUCAUACAGCAGCAUGGCGACCUCUUCCGCGAAGCUGCACGCAACCGCGAAUAUGGCCGUAUGUUUGCUUGGCCCUUUGAAGUCGCCAAACAGCUGGACAGGGUCUGUCUCAGCGCCUCUCCCGGCGCCGCCCUACAACCAUCUGAGAACCUUUGCGCUCCAGGGUAUGCCGCACUCGGCUGGCCAGAAUGGAUCUUCGCCGGGACAUACGGCGGAUAUCCCGACCCACCCAUUCGCGCCCAAAUUCUUGACGUCUUCUCAAAGAGCAUUGAUGAACUCGCUGCCCGACUCUCUAAACAUACACUCAAUUGCCGCCGUGGUGACUUCGACUGUGCGCGCACCCGAGCAAAGAUAAUCGCCGAGUCGCCUUGCAACACGUGCGCUGGAAAGAUCUUCAUCGGAUCUGAGGGUAGCUGGAAGGCCACAACUGAUGAAUUCCUCAACGAUAAAGAUAUCAAUGGCACGGAGUAUGUGGCUGCGGCGAAGAAAGGGUGGAGGACGUGUGCUAAGAUGCAUGGAUUGCGGUUCAGCGAAGCGAAGUGGAAGGGGAUGUGGAGAGAACGUGGGCUAGACGUGUAUGAUUGA